AUGACGACUAGCACGAGCGAGCCAAGGUUACUGGCAACCCGGCUCACCCUCCUGUUCCCUCUCCUCCUCCUCCUCCUCCUCCUCCUCCUCCUCUCCCUUUGCUGUGAUGCCACCCUUAUCCGCCGCGACGAACAUGCCAUCGUGAUUCCCCUCACCUACGCUCCAAAAUCCGACCUCUUUACAGCAACCAUCUCCAUCGGCUCGUCCGGCAGCACGUACAAUCUGAUCGUCGACACGGGCUCGCCCUUCCUCGCGCUACAGAACGCCUUGUUCCACCCGAGCCCAUCGACGUACGAUCCGCAAAACAAGGGGCAACCGGACAUGGGUGGAGGUGGAGGAUACAUGUUCACCACCCCGGAUGCUGACAAGAAGGAAGAGAGGCCCAAGAUGCACUUUGUCGUAGACAGCGCUUGGUUGGUCGAGGCGAGUGGCGUGCGGGCGGGGGCCGGCGCGAAGGCGGGCAAUGUCACGGUGGGAUUGACGCAGUUGGACGACUUGAACGAGGCACAGGGGAUUCUGGGAUUGAGUCCGCCGUUUAGUCUGGUUGGCGGUGCAUCUGUUGGAGGUAAGAGUGGGAAGAGUAAACGAGAUGCUUCCGCCCCUCCUCCUCCUUCCGCUGUCGGAAAAGAAGGAGCACCACCAGCACAGCAAGCAGGCAAACUGCCAUCGCUAGACGUCUCGUUCCUCCACUCCUAUCUCUCAUCCGAAUCCCGCAAGACGCUCGGCAUGAUCGGCUCCUCUCACUUCUACCUCGACUUCACGCCCUCGACGAUACUCAACCCAGUCCCCACAGGUGAGCUCGUCUUCCCGCUUACCGGCACGAUGCUGCCCACGACCACCUCGGGCUACAACUACUCGGGUGCGAUCACCAUCGACCCUUCCUCUGGGUCGACGUAUCCCUCGCAUCCAUUUUGGGGCAUUGCGCACCGUUCCGAUCUGAGGUUUGUUCUCGGCGAUGCUGUGCUGGAGGAUGUGCGCAUCGACGCGGUGCUGCUGGAUAGUGGAACGUCGGGGAUCAUUGCGCCGCCGUCGGAGGUGGAGAAGAUAUUUGCUGCAACGCGGGACCGCAUCGCGAUCUCUGCGGGUCGGGAAGGUGAGGGGAAGGCGGUGCUGGGCAAGGCACGAUGCAGCGAGGACCUGCGGAUGGGAUUCGAGCUAGGCGCAGGCAACCGCGCGCUGUUUGAAUCCGUUCGCCGCACCGCGCAGCCGGACGGGAGGUUCGUCGAGACCAAACACGACGCUGAGGGGUGGGGCAAGCGCGGCCUGUAUGACGGACUAGUGGUGUGGAAGUCGUAUGCAGACACUGUGAGCAAUAGCAUCCACGGCUUGCUCCACGGCCUCUCCGACUGGCUCCACCUCUUCCCCCCCGCAGACGCCGAUGGCGCUGCCAUCGCCAAACGUCACCUCCGCUCCCACAAACUGCUCCGUCGCGUUCCUCUCCUCCGUGUCGGCGUCGACCUGCUCCCCCCAAGCUCCGCUCCUCCCGCCGCCCAGGAUAACGCCUCCGGCGCCGCCGAGCCCGAUGAAAAGAAUUGCCAGGUCAGCCUCAUCGGCAGCCCGCAGGUCGAGGCCAUGUUCCCCAGCAACGGCCCCAACUUCAAGGUCUGGAUCCUCGGAUUGGAAUUCUUCCAGUCCAACCUGAUUUAUCAUAACUUGGACACGGCGCAGACCGUGGUUGUCCCGAGGAACUCUCCUUCCUAA